AUGCAAUCAAAAAAUAAAUCACCAUUUCCAUUAUCAAAACUUCCAUUUGACAUUCUAGAAAACAUUACAUCUAUAAUCAUUAAACAUGAGAGAUUCAAGGUGAUCGGAUCAAACAUCAUAUUUAUUAAUAGAACAUUUGCCAAAGCCGCAAUACCUCAAGUAUGGAAAACUAUUUAUAUUUAUGAAGCAAAUGAACAUUCUAAUCAUUCGUCAUUCAAUGAUUUAUUAUUGAAGAAAAUAAGUCGUAAGAAAUCAUUUAUCAAAGAUAUUAAAAGAUUGUCAUUGAACGGAACAAAUUUCACCAACAAAGGAAUAAUUAAUUACAUCAUACCACUUCUCAAAGAUGACAAUUAUAACAAAACCAAGAUAAUUAAUUCGAGUUCUGCAGAAAUUACUAAUUCACCUUUACAAAUGUUACCAAAAAGUACAAUAGAAUGUUUAUUUCUUGGUAAAAUUAAUCAACAAACUUUUACGUCCAAAGGUCUUCGAUCCUUAUUAUUAUUAUGUCAUGAAAACUUAUUAUCAUUGGUGAUAGAUUUAGAUCAUAUAACUUCUUCAUCUACAUCAUCUUCUUCGUUGUCGCCAUCUUAUGUUUUAAAAGAUAUAAUAAUACCAAUAUUUCAAAAUCAAAAAUUGCAAGAAAUUCAUUUAAUAUCUGAUUCAUGGUCAGAAUGGAAUGAUUUUUAUCCUAAACCAAGAUCUGAACAUGAACUGAAAGCAAAAGAAGCUUUAUGGCGAUGGACUUUAAAAUCUUAUUGGGGAAUAUCAAAUAAUUUGAUUGAAUCAUUAAGUAAAAGUAUUAAAACUUUGAAAAUAUUCACUAUUCUGGUAAACAAAGAAGAUAAUAUAGAAUUAUAUAAUCAAUUUAUAGAUUAUCAAGUAACACCAUUUGAUAAUUAUUAUAAUAACCUUUAG